CCUGAAAGGAGAGAACAGUUUGCCGAAAUUCGAAGCCAUUAGACGAUGGGCCAACGCAGCACAUCUAAUCUAAGGAUCUAGGCUUUGAGUCCAUCUCCCUGCUUGUCCCGAUGAGGUGGAGAAAUGGCACUACCCCACCGUCACGUGGUUUUGGAGGAGGGGGACAAUGGGAGCACAUCUCUGUUGCUGAAACCUUAGGGACUGAUUUCCUGAAGCAACUGUUUAUUCUAGAUCCUGAGUUGGAAGGGGCAGCCACAGACGGCCCCCCCGCCCUUCUUCCGGCGCCCCCUCUGCUUUGCCCCCAAUCCUCUGUCCCCUGUCAGAACGGGGAGGAAUGCGUCUCUCAGGAGUACCUCUGCGAUGGCAAACGGGACUGUCAGGAUGGCUCGGAUGAAGGGAACUGUUCCCACUUCUGCAACAGACCAGGAGUCUUCCAGUGUCUGAACAGAAACCAGUGCAUUGAGGGCAAGUACCACUGCGACGGGGCUCAGCAGUGCUCUGAUGGGUCCGAUGAGCUGGACUGCUGGGAGCCCACUGAAGAUUGUUCUUUGCGUUGUGACAACAAGACCCGCUGUAUCCCUAAGAGCUGGCUGUGUGAUGGCAACCCAGACUGUUCUGACAGGAAAGACGAACAAGGAUGUAUUCAUGCAAAAUGCAGCACACCUGAAUUUCGAUGCAAGAGCGGCCAGUGCAUAUCUAAUUUUCUGCGCUGUGAUGGCAAUCAAGACUGCCUGGACCACUCUGACGAAGAGGGCUGUCCUGUUGAUUUGCCUCCGCGGUGCCCGUCAGGGGAGGUGAGGUGCCGGAGGAGUGGAGAGUGUGUGUCAGCAGAGUGGCUAUGUGACCGUGACGUAGACUGUGAAGAUGGAACCGACGAGAAGGACUGUGACCCCGAGGAGCUUCGCUGUGGCUCCAGGCAGUGGUCCUGUGCCAGCGGGGAGCGGUGCGUGCCUGACGCGUGGCGCUGUGACGGGCAGAGAGACUGCGGGGACGGCAGUGACGAGGCUGGGUGCCCCCCUGAGAAGUGCCAGAGUUCUGAGUUCCAGUGCGGCUCCCGUGCCUGCCUCGACCUCCGCCUGGUGUGUGACGGGAAGGAGCACUGUCCCGAUGGCUCCGACGAAGGUGGACAGUGUGCGUGGCCAGCAUGCAGCCGAGCGCGGUGUUCCCACGCCUGCUACCAGUCCCCGCACGGGCCUGUAUGUGCUUGUGAGCGAGGCUUUGAGCUGGAGAGCAGCGGCCAAGUCUGCAAGGACGUGGAUGAGUGCCAGAAGCCAGGUGGUCAGCCUUGCAGUCAGACCUGUGUCAACACCGAGGGCUCCUAUGGCUGCACCUGUCACCCUGGCUACUCCCUGGAGCCUGAUGGCCAUACCUGUAAAGCAGCAGGUACCGAACCAAUCCUGCUUGUGGCAAUUCAGUUCAGCCUACUCCUCUAUGGCUUGAGGAGCUUGAAGGAAGAUAUUCUGGCAACCGUAGACAAGAACAUGAUGAUUUUCUCUAUUGACUAUGACUUAGUGGGGCAGAAGGUCUUCUGGACGGAUGUCGGUACGGAAAGUAUUAAGUGGAUAAGUAUGGACACCAAGAAGAAAGGGACCAUGGUGAAAGGGAUAAGGUCAGACUGUAUAGUGGUCGACUGGAUCGGAAGGAAUCUGUACUGGGUGGAUGGGACAGCUGGCCAGAUUUUGGCAAUUCGGCUGACUGCUGUCUGGAGAGGAAAAUCUGAGCACACGAUUGUCCUGGAUGAUGACGUGACUCAACCACAGUCUUUGGCUUUAGAUCCCCUAAACGGGUUAAUGUACUGGUCUGAAAUUGGAGGAGAACCUCAAAUAGAACAAGCCGGGAUGGAUGGUAGCAGCAGAAAAGUACUCAUCGAUCAAGGUCUUGGCUCGCCAACCAGCAUAGCGCUUGACCAGUUUAGCUGGAAGAUAUUCUGGUCUGAUGACAAAUUUCACUGUAUUGGCUCUGCUAAUCUAGAUGGCACUGGUAUUACUAUGCUGCAGCUAACUCGAAUCAAGAGCCCCUUUUCGGUCGCUGUGUUUGAAGAUGAAGUCUUCUGGUCUGAGAUGAAGACGAGAACUGUACAACGCAUGAAGAAGACAACAGGCAAGGACAGGGCUGUCCUCAUCAAGCGUUCUGAACAGCCGUACGGACUCAAGAUCAUGCAUGAAGUGCUCCAGCCCAAGUCUACCAAUCCUUGUCUGGACGCUGGAUGUUCUCACUUGUGCCUUCUGAGCCCACGCCCCAAGGGAAGCUGUCGUUGCCCAGUUGGACUCCUGCUCGCAGACGAUGGCACCACCUGCGUUCCACUCGAGGAGUCUGCAUUUAUGUUCCUUGUGUUGCCCACAGUUAUCAUGCAGAUUUAUCUGAAAAAUCUAGAAGCGUUACUAGGACAGCCAACUUUACCAGAACAUAGGAUACUUCCCUUUGCCACUGUGAACCAGCUUGCAUCCUUGGACUACCUAGUCCAAGAAAAGGCUCUCUACCUUUCAGAGUUGGAUAAUGGUGAUAUCAGGCUACUGAGGCUCAAAGAAUCUGGAAAACUCUCUUGGAGGAAAAUCCUAUCCGUGGAGGGGACCGUGAUCGACUUUGCUGUGGACUGGUUGAGUGGAAACAUAUAUUGGAUUGACAGUGAGAAUCCCCACAUCAAUGUAGCUUCCUCAGAAGGUCAGUGUCCCACUGUCCUGUUCAGUGAAAACCUCUACCAUCCUGCCUCUGUUGUGCUCCACCCACCCUCUGCAGUCAUGUGCUUUGUGGACCUGGGUUCCCAGGAGGAUGGUGGGCGUGGGGCCAGCAUUGAAUGUGCCUCCAUGGACGGCAGCAGGAGGAAGGUGCUGUGGCAGAAAUCCCAGGUCCCUGCAGGCCUGACCUUUUCGGAUUCGGGGACCCGAGUGUACUGGGCUGACACUGGGAGAGGACUCAUAGAAAGUAUUCAACAAGAUGGCUCUAGAUACAGAGUAGACCGCAGAGGAAUUGAGGGCCUUAACCUCUUUACAUAUGGCCAAGGCAUGAUGUUCUGGACAACAGUUGAUGAUGCCCAAAUCACUAAGGUUUGGUACAGCAAGGCAGAACUUUCUGAAAACCGGUGGUUCCAAACAGACCAGAAGAUUGUGGAUUUAAAAGUUUCCAGCAAACUUAGUCAACAGGGUAGUAACAGCUGCUCAAAGGACAACGGAGGGUGCAGCCAUAUCUGUUUGCCAAACCCUGAAGGACCGACUUGUAAAUGUCCCAGUGGGUACUACUUGGCUAACAUAAGCAGAUGUAUUAAAGCUGUCCAGUGCUCUGAGCCAUCACAAUCCUGUCAGGAUGGUCAGAAGUGCAUUUCCAUGAAGCAAGUUUGUGAUGGUCAUGCUGACUGUCUGGAUGGAUCUGAUGAAAUGGGCUGUACCUAUCCAGAUAAAACCCAUUCAGCACCAACAUCGAAAAAUGCAGAGGCCGGUAAAAGGUGGACCCUAAAAGCUGAGCUACCUCUCCAAGCUACUGAGUCUCCCAAGGCUAGAUAUCCGGGGCCAGAAGGGAUGAAUUAUCCUCUCAGAAAAACACCCAUCCCUCCAAUUUCUGCUAGAGAAAGCAAGACCUCAGAGACCAAGGGAAAAGGCGAGCCUGUUCAUCCCAAGGACUCACAGAGGGCAAAACAUCUGCCGUGUAGCACCGACUACUGUAAUGGGCGGGGAGUCUGUACAGUGGUAGGAGAGCUGAGAAAGUGCAGCUGUCUGAUGGAAUAUGGUGGAGAGUUCUGUGAAGAGCCAGCACGUGGACCCGCCCCUGGCCACAUCGCCCUCGGCGUAACCAUUGCCUUAUCAGUUGUCCUGGUAGCUCUGGGAGCAUUUGUCUAUUUCAGAAGAGAACACAAAUUAAAAAGAAAUAGUACAGCAGCAUCAAGAAAUAUGACCCACCAUAAUGAAAAUGGCCAAGAAGAGGAAAAUCUAAUGAAUAGUGAGACUUUUGUCAAUGAAGCCUAUGAUGAGCAGGAACUGUUAACUUUACAAACUGACUAACCUGAUGAAUACAGGAGCUGGAACAUCUCAAUAAAAAUGGUUUAUACAUUGUAUUGUGUGCUGUUUUAACAUCUGCAACUUACUGUAACUGCAUGUGCUAAAAUGGUAAUUU